AUGCCAUUUCUACCGACUGCGACAACCAGCAAAUCAGACAAGUGCCCUCUGAGAGAUGCCCUCCCUGACCUCCAUGAGUUGUACCAGCCAGGGAACUUCCUCCUUGGUGGGAUUGUUUCUCAGAUCGGCUAUGUGUUUUGUGACCUGGACUUCAGGAAAAACCCUUCACCGGACUUGUUUGAGGUUCCCAAUGUCGUGACAAAGUUGUACCAGCAUGUCCUGGCCUUGGAAUUCGCUAUCAGUGAGGUCAAUGCGAAUACCCAGAUCUUACCCAAUAUCACACUUGGCGUCCACAUCUCUGACAGCUAUUAUGAUGCAAGAGUGACCUAUCGCAGCUCUUUUGACCUUAUCUUCAAGAUACAUCGAAGCUUCCCCAAUUAUAUGUGUGACACUCAUAAAAACCUGAUGGCUGUCAUUGGCGGGCUUUCCUCUGAUACCUCCUUUCAAAUGGCAGACAUCUUUGGUCUUUAUAAAAUUCCACAGGGGGUGCCCCUUUCCUUGUGCAAUGAUUACUGCCCGCCUGGCUAUCACAAGAAGAAGAAGGAAGGGAAGAAAUUCUGCUGCUAUGAUUGUGCUCCUUGUCCACAAGGCAAGAUUUCAAACCAUGUGGAUAUGGAUGACUGUGUUCUAUGUCAGGAAAAUCAGCAUCCAAGCAAGGAUCAAGAUCAAUGUAUUCUCAAAAUGACAAACUUCCUAUCUUAUGAAGAACUUUUAGGGAUCUCUUUGAUUUCUAUUGCUGUGACCUUAUCUAUAAUCACCCUGUUGGUUCUAGGAAUUUUUAUUAAGUACCAAGAUACCCCCAUCGUCAAAGCCAACAACCGAGAUCUCAGCUACACACUUCUGGUCGCCCUUCUGUUCUGUUUCCUCUGCUCUUUGCUUUUCCUUGGAAGACCAAGGAAGUUAACUUGCUGUCUCCAGCAACCUGCUUUUGGCAUCAUCUUCUCAGUGGCUGUUUCUUGUGUGUUGGCCAAAACCAUCACUGUGGUUGCAGCUUUCAUGGCCACCAAACCAGGGACCGACAUGAGAAAGUGGGUGGGGAGAAGACUGAGCAAUUCUAUUGUCCUUUCCUGCUCUCUUAUUCAAACAGGUAUUUGCGUGAUGUGGCUGGGAACUUCCCCCCCUUUCCCAGAUUUAGAUGCACAGUCCUUGACUGAAGAGAUAGUGAUACAAUGCAAUCCAGGGUCUAUCACCAUGUUCUACAUGAUCCUCAGCUACAUGGGACUUCUGUCCAUUCUCAGUUUGACCGUCGCGUUCCUUGCUAGGAAUUUGCCAGACAGUUUCAAUGAGGCCAAGUUCAUCACCUUCAGUAUGCUGAUAUUUUUCAGUGUUUGGUUGUCUUUUGUUCCAACCUACCUGAGCACCAAAGGAAAAUACAUGGUAGCUGUGGAGAUCUUCUCCAUCUUGGCCUCUAGCAGUGGCUUACUAUGCUUUAUCUUUUUCCCAAAAUGUUACAUUAUUCUGCUGAGACCUCAACUGAAUCACAGGAAACAGCUAAUUAGGAGAAAUACUUAG